GGGUGACCGUCACGUGACCUGGCGAGGCGGCGGUACUGGGCUGAGGGAAUGUGGGUCCUUGCGGGGCUCGGUGGCGGGUUAUUGGGGCGUGGGGGUUCCUGUAGGGUUGGGAAGGGAAUAUGCGGCAUCCCCCUGGAGCUGUGGGUGCCUGGACGUGUUCUGGGGACCCCACGGGGCUGGGAAGGGAGUGAGGAAGUGGGGGUCUCACGAGGCUGAGGGGGCACGGGCCUGUUGUGCGCAGUAUUCCUCUGAGACUCGGGAGAAAGAGCCGGGGGUCUCCGUGCCUGGUGGGGCCGUUUUCCCCCCGACUCCCCCUCCUCCCUUUUAUUCCCCUCUCGCAGACCAUGGCCGUCCCUCUUUCCCCCACGCUGGUGCUGGGCGAGGCCUCGGAGAGCGACUCAGAGCCGGAGCCGGGGGGGAACACAGCCGGGACUCCCGCAGUGGGGCUGAAGGUUCCGGGGGAGGCGUCGGAGACCGAGGAGGAGGAGGAAGAGGACAGUGCGGCCCGGAUGCCGCUGCCAGGGGUGUCCAGGGGGGGCCCCUCACUGCUGCAGCAGCGGCUGGGGGCGGGCGAGGGGCGACUGCGGGGCGCAAUGGCUGAGGCACUGGGACGCAGUUUCAGUGGGGCUGCGCGGCUGCUGGAAGGUCUGGGGGGGCCCCUGGGCCACGCCCAAGCUGGGGCAGCUGCGACCGCGCACUGCCUGUGCCUGGUGCGCCGUGACCUGCGCGCUGUGGCUGCCACCGUAGCCACCAUCACCGCCUGUCACCUGCUGCCUGACAUCCGUGGGGAGCUGUGAGAGUGGGAAUGUCUGUGGGGGGGGGGGGGGCAGUGCUGGCAGCUGUGGGGAGCUCCUGGCGUUGUUGUUGCAGUGUCACUGACACUGACCUUCAGCACUGUGUCCAAUGGACUCGAGAGUUGUGGUUGUCACUGAUGACAUUCUCAUUGUCACUGCAUUGCCAGUGCUGUGUCCCCUUGAGCUGAUGCUGCCAUCAACAGCACUGCCGCUGAUCGCUCAGUGUCCCAGCGAUGUCCCUGUGUCACCUGGCCUGUGGGGACCUUGGCCUCACAGUGACGUUGUCAGUGAAUGGAAGCUCCUGACGAUUGAUUGAUGCAGAAUUCUGUAGUUUUGCCCUGUAUAGGGGAUCUGUGGGUUCUGGCACUGACUAAAGCCCUUUGGAGACAUAGCUGCAGCAAGGACACAGCUUUCACUAGGUGGGUGGCAGUGUGUUCACCCACGGCACUGUGGUCCCAGUGGUCUGAGCAAGGUCCCUUUUGUUGCCCCCCAUGUCCUUGGGCUGUGGUUGUGUCCUGUGCGUCCCUUCCUGCCAUAUGAAUGUCUCCAGCAUCUGGCCACUGUCCCCAAGCUGUGGCUAUGUCCUGUCACCCUAAGUGCCCCUUGGCCUUGUCCUUAGCUCUCUCCUACCUCUGUGUACCCCUCUGAGAACUUCAGCCAGGGACAGGGAGAAGUACAUACGAAUCUCACACCACGGAGCCACAUGGGUCUGUCACGCUGCAUCCUGCCUGGGCUGUCACGUCCUGUGGGACACCAGGGGAUACACCCUGGGUGCUAGUGGGCUUGUGGCACCAAAAUGCCCGGGGCCUGAUGAGGGUCCUGGGGGCUCCUGGCGUCUCCAGAAGGGUCCCAACUGUCCCCAGGGACUGACCUGAGGGGUAGUGGAAAACCAGGAUGAAGGUUCACUUUCCCCAUUCCCCUGUGUUGUGGCAAAGGGGAAAGGUUUUGUGAAGAGCACAGUGGUGUUGGAUUCUGUUCAUAAAGAUUCUAGACCUCGGUUCCCUUCCCGUAUCCAAAUUAGAAUGAAAGAUAGUAUUAACAAUUCAUCUUUUGAGGAAGAACCUCUGAGCACUUGUAACUGGCAGUGCUUUGAUAUUCUAGGUAACCUGUUCCAUAAGGAGUGCUGGGUGAUGCUGGCUGAUACUGUCAAUUGUGAGCAUGCUCCACAGAAAGUUUCCCUCUGUGGGAGUGAGGAAACAAAAUGUGGUGAUUCAGUACUGUGGGGUUAUUAUGGGGUUACUAGAGUCUAGGAUUCUAGAGUCUGAGGAUUCUAUGAAUUGAUUAUUGGAGGAUUCUAUGAGGAUGCUAUGAGGAUACCAGCUCCUGUGAUUAUAAGUUCUGUUAUUUCAGAUUCUGUGAUCGUUUCAUGAUUCUAGAUUCCUUGACUCUGUGAUGAUUCUGGGCUUCAGUUGUGUGGUGAUUCUGAUUCCUCACUAAGAGUAUAGAUUCCCAGACUUGUAGCUACGCAAUACGAUGCGUUUCCAUCUCCACUCCUGUGCAUAGUGUGUGGCAUAGUUCUGAGUGCCUGACACAGCCCAAGCAAAAUCAAUUUCUGUAGGUUAUUACUAAAUAAAAAAAUAAAUCAAUAAAUUUCUUGCUUUAGUUUCUGCUCCCUGAUCCAUUUAUUUAUGUUCUCCCUUGCUUCAUAUGUAACUUCCAAACUUGGCAUUUUGCAGAUAAUACCUUUUCCCCCUUUCGUCCUUUGGUGGCCCCUAAUGGUCUCUUCUUUCUCAGUUAGAACAGUUGUCAUGAGCCUAUUCAUAUAGGAAUUUGGGACUGGAGUUCACUCCGUGACUCUUAUCAUAGUUGAUGUCCCUAGUUGCUAUCGUGCAGACUUCACCAAUUUAUAACAGAUGGAUACAGCUACGAUAUACACUCCUAAGAGGGAAGCAGGAAUGUAUAUUUAUUGAUGUAAUGUAGAUAUGCUGUAGUGAUAUGACAGUGACUUAACAAGACUGGAGAUGGCUGGAUACACUUGGUUAUUUUCCACAUAGAGGGCAGGAUUAAACACACACCUACAGGACGCUCUCCUGCUGUGUCAUGAGGAUCAGAGCAGGCCCCGUUGCUGUCUGAACUCUUCAAACCACAGAGGUAAGGAUCCUCAGCACAGCUGGAUCCACUCCUUGUCCCAGACGCGUUCAAGAGUUUGUGUCUAAGGGAUCCUAUGUGCACAAUCAAAGAUAUAACCGUAGUGGAGCUAACAAAGCCCACCCAAACUACUAGUCACUUACUGAGGAUCCGUAUCAACAAGGUGUCUUGACAUCAAGGUGGAAAGGAUCUCUGUGCAGGUGUAACCUCAAGAGGCAUGCCUGCUCAAGGGGAGAGCUGUUCCUCUGUGCAGGAGAGCUCAAGAGGUGCUUGUGCUGCUGUCUAUUUUGGUGGUAAGAUGAUUGACUCAUUGCCGUACUUUAUUUUUAGGCAUAUGCUCAAUUGGCCCUCAGAUGUUGAGCCAGAGGCCUGCUGUCAGUUCUUUCAGCCUCCCAGCUUGAGGCAGUUUUGUGAUCUUUAGUCUGGUUUAGCUAGGAGUGUUGCUCACUGUCUUCCUGUGCAAGGCUGAGGGAGGAAGGUGGGAGAAAGGAAGAAAGGGGGAGGGGGGAGCACACCAUCACACUGGCUUUGCUGGGAAGGAAGGCUGGUAAGAGCAGGUCUGCUGGUCUGAGUCCCAGCCUGCUUUUACCCCCAGGAAAUGCCCUGCAGGUGGGCUGGCGAGGGUGGGGGUUGGGCAGGAAUUGCUGCAUUUCCUCCCACAUCUCCUGCCAUUUCUCUUGUCCCAGCAGGCUCCAGUUUAACAUCUGCCUGCAGCCUGCAGCAGAGCAGCACAUGGCCACUGCAUGUCCAUCUUAGGCAGGGGCUGGGGGAAGCAGCCAGGAGAGGGCAAGGGGCAAGAGAUGGGAGUGCGGGGGGAGAGUGUCCUUCAGUGUCCUUCAGCCAGCAUUUGUGUGCUGGGAACAGAGAAGCUGCUGGGACUGGAGUUUCUCUCCUCUCCAAGCUGCUUCCCCGGGCUUUGGCUGUGCCCAGAAAGGAGCACUUGCAGGAGCCCGUGGCCUUUGCAGAGGUGGCCAUGUAUUUCAGCAGGGAGGAGUGGGCAUUGCUGGACUCUGCGCAGUGUGUGUGCUGUACUGAGGUGUGAUGCUGGAGACUAGCAGUGCGUGGCCUCGUUAGGUGAGGGCUUUGCUGGUGCUCCUUCUUAUUAGAGCACCUCUGGCUGUGCAGAAUGAGCCUCUGCAAGCAGGACGUAGAAUAAAUGCAGUGGGGUUACUUAUUGACCAGUGCAACAGCAACGAAAGAAACCUAUACUUUUCUGCUGUUUAUUUCCCAUAAACGUUGUUGAAGCCUUGGUAAACAAAACAUCCUAAAGGGAACGUUGAAGAAAAUGUCCCUGCAUCAUUUUCAGAGAUGUAAAAGGUGUGCUGGGCUCCAAAGGGAGUCGGUAUGUAUUGGGCCGGUGUCAUUCAGAAUUAAAACAGGGACAUGCUGACAUGCACCAGAGUGGGCUCAUGCUUGACAUCUUGUAAACAGGGUUGAAAAGAAACCUCAAAAUAAACACACGUCUACAAAAGCUGCCCUCCCCUCCAAAAUCAGCACAUUUUGCACAGCCAGAGGUACCUUCCCGGUCUUCUGUCUGUUGGCAGUUUUACUUCAUCUGUUUUUUCUUCAGAUCACAGCAGUGUGAGUCUGACUGCGUCAGCGGAAGAGCUGCCUUCAUGGAGGUGCAGGUGCAGUCGGCCGUUGUGGAAUUCAUCCUGAACCACACUCUUCCACUCCAAAUCCAGCCCAGUCAUUGGAGAUGGAGGAGCAAGCACAGUGUAUUUGGAUGCUCUGCUUCCAAAAGUGCAACAGCUUCUGGAGACCCAGGUGGGACCCCACAGGUGACGGUCCUCUCGGCACCAAGUGUCCAGUUGCCAGCAGCAGGCUUGGAAGCACGCUACGUGUGGGAAAUAUACUUGGUGCAGGAAAGGGGAUGUCCUUAGCCAAGGCGCUGGAAAACUGAAGGAAAACAGAUGAAACUGCAGAUCUAUCAACAAAAACCCGCUCUAUGAUUCUGCGUUUCUAUGACGUAAGCACCGGCCCCACGCAGCCCUGGUGCAGCACAUCACAAGAGCAGCAGCCCGCGGGGAGCCGCCACCCGGAAUCUCGGAGCCGUGAGGUCACAAUGCCCCGUCCAAUGGCUGUGCGGUGCUGUGCCGUGAGCUCACAAGGCCUGGCUGCGACGCUGUCCUGUGCCUCAGGCUUUGCUCUGUGCGACGCUCACUGUGGCUGCAGCGGUGGUGUUGGAAGCAUGGUGCGAGUGUGGGGGGCCAUGGCCCCUGCCCGCUUUGUCCUCUUCCUCCUACUGAUGGCCAUGUGUUUCCGGGAGACCUGUGCUGCUCCGUGGCGAGCACCGGGAGCAGGAGAUGAACUUGGUGCUCCCUUUCCGGAUGAUCGUUUGGAUCCGGAUUUUGUGCCUGUGCCUCUGGGACAACCCAGAGGCCCUGCUGGUGAAUCAGCAGAACAGAAUCCUGCCUCUGAGCCUGAAGGGGAUGCUGGAGAUGUGACUGGAGGAGGUGAUCCAGGUUCCGCUCUGAGCUCUGGGACUGAAACUCCGGCAGAUCGCAUGGGAGUGCCCCCAGGGAGGGCUUUGCCCGGUCAUGUGUUUCCUCCUGCGCUGGAGCCCAGCUGGAAUCCCAGCGGUCCGGAAAAAGGAAAGGAUGAAUCCAAAAGAGGAAAAUACUCCCAGGGCUCAUCCCGUCUCCUCAAGGAACUGGUGAAGGAAAUGGAGAAGGCAGCGCGUGGAACUGACCAACAAAGUGAGCAGGAUGCACUGCAGGAAGAAGGCAGCCAUCCCACACUGCCAGUCUCGGGCAGAGGAACGCAGGCAGCGCCAACAACUGUCAUGCCAGGGAUGAAUGCCGGGACGAGCACAAAGGCUGCUGUUGGCAGAUCUGCGCGAAGGCGCCACAUCGCAGCGAUGGUACUGUUCUCAGCUGUGCUGCUGUCUGCGCUGGUGCUGGCCUGUGGUGCUGUGAUAUGGAUGUGCCAAAAAUACGUAGUGUGCAAGAGAGAAGAGAGAGCAGCAGAGCAGGCUCAUCCUGAUACCAACUAGGAGAGAGUUCCAACUGGAGACGAGGGCAGAACGGAGCUGGGAGAGGCAGCCGAAGAGACUCUUGCCCCAUCAAAGAAGAAUCUCAGCCAUCGUCCCAGUGCAUUCCAUUCUGCCAUCCAAGAGGCCAAAGGUCUUCAAAGUCAUCUGGAAGACUUGGAGCUUGAACUCAAAGCCGUGAAAGAGGUCCACGGGAACAGUCCUGAGUGCUGCUUUCUGUCAGGGGACGGCCCUGAAAGUGAGAGCGGAGAACCAGCAGCAGAGCUUUUGUCCUUCACCCUGCAUUCUCUGGGACAAGCAUCAGCAACAUUUCAAAGAAUCUUAGCUCGGCAUAGCUACAAUCCUGUUGAGGGUCCUAAUGAGGAGCCAGAAAGCGAGCUUCCUCUGACCGCUGGACAACACCUUAACGUCUUUGGAGCUGUGGAUGAGAAUGGCUGGUUUCAGGGAGAGCUGACAGAUGGCACAAGAGGACUGGUCCCAUCCAAUUUGGUUGCGGAGGUUUCAGAUGACGAACUGGAUACAACGAUGCCUCCGGAGCUCUGUGCUCUCCUGCUGGAUACUUGAUGAAUAAGUGGAUGCAGAGAUUCCAUCAUGCAGCAACAUCCUGUCAAAAUUCCUGCGUUACUCCAUCUGCAAGACUACCCCCUGCUCCACUUGAUGUUCAGGUGGAGUGUGUGCAGGACGUGGAUGAGCUCCUUUGGGAACACUCUGAGGUGACUGACAGUGUAACUGCAUAGUCUUGUGGUAUAUUAAACAAACAAACAAAAAAACACCACCCACAAUAAAACAAACAACCAACCAACCCAAAAAGCGCUGCUCUUUUUCUUGGAUACACUGAGGUGAUCCUUUUUCUAGCUGAGACUUUGCAAUGAGUCUUGAAGCAGAUUUGAGCCGGUAGAAGUUGGCAGUGUCUGCAUUCCGUUCUCCUGAUUUCCUUGCUGGUCAGAGUUAAGGUGCCAUGCAUCCAUUCCCCAGCCCUAGCUGUCUCCUGAAUCAUGAGAACAGCCUUUCCAUAUUGUGGAAAGAACUGGAGUGGAUUCACGCUGAAGGACAAGAUGCUUGCAGACACGUAAGCUCAAGAAGAGAAUGCAGAGUCCACGGAAACUCGCUGCCAAACAACGAUGAGAAAGUAGAAUAGGCUCCUGUUGUUGAAGAUGGGACGGUGAAACAGAUGUCUCAGCUCAACACAACGCCAGUAGGAGCUGGUUCGGGCUACCCCCCCUUAAAAGGUCGGAAGUUCACAGCGAGGUAGACUACGAGCCUUCAUCCACUGACCGCCAGAGACCCCCACCACAUUUUUAGGACGCGUGCUCAAGAGGGUGGGACAAUACGUUAAUAGUUUCUCAGAAUUCCAGCCCAUUUUUGUGGAACGUAAUGAAUAUGUGGAUGUUAUGUCUGUAAGUAUGUAACCAGUGCUUUUCUCUGUGUGCGAGUUAGGAGGAGAUAUCCCCCCCCGCACCCGGCGCCGUAAUGAGUGUACCUGCUUUGUAACCUUACGUGGGUUCCAGCGUUUGAUUCCACACGUCACUCCCUUCACUAUUAAGAGGACAAAGAACUUCUGGCACAGAAGGAUGCCCACCUGCAAGGCUCAAAUUGCACGCUGCUUCCUCCCUCUCUGCUCAGUAAAACUCUGUGUUGGGCUCAUUUGGAA